AUGGCACCAAUUGAUGCUCCUAAGCUGACACAUGCUUUCGAUUUGACCAUCGCCGGGCCAGCUGGGAUCGAGGCCAAAGCCACCGAACACUCUGCUCGAAGCGUGGGCGUUGUCGCACGAGGCUCGCUGGUGUCAGCGGAUGGAACAAUCAAGCUUGAUGUAAAGACUGGCGCUGAUUGGAUGACCUUGCACUCCAAUUAUGCUCAUAUCGACGCUCGCGUAUCUUGCCUUUCACCAGCUGGCCAAGAACCCGCGAUCAACUGUGAGAUUGAAUACAAGGGAAUUUAUUCUUUGGAGGGAGCUAUGUUGGAUGUGUGGGCCGGAAAAAGGGCGUCUAUUGACUGGGGAGAGAGCUAUUACUAUACGGCGCCAUUAAUGGAAAGCCGGAACGAGGAACUAGCUUGGGUUAAUAAGGCCGUCUUCCUUUCCAUGGGAAAGAUCAGAGUGCGCGAUGAUGGAUACAUCGAGGUGGUGUACCGCAUAUUCAAGGUCGGCUGA